GUUGGCGGUUCGUGCCUGAUUUCGUGUUACCCUAGAUGUGCAUAUCGUGCAGGUGGACGAAGUGCAACGUAUCCGGGAGGGUUGCAGGACGUUGCUUGUUGACUUUGAUGAACAGGGGAACCAUGCUGGGAGUUAUAAGGACUCGGCGAUCUGCUGUCGAUGCUUCCGUGAUCUUCAUCUUCCACUCACGCCUCUCUAUCCGACACCCAGGAAUACCGAGGAGAUCUUUGACAAGAUGAAGUCCUUCAUUGUUGCUUCCCUGUUGGCGGCCGCCUCGUCGGUUCUUGCGGCUCCAGCUCCUAUGCCCACCCCUCCCGGUAUUCCCACUGCCGCCAACGCCAAGACCCAGCUCGCCAGCUUGACCGUUAAGCCCUACGUUGACGACGGCAAGUACAAGCGUGAUCUGUUCCCCACCUGGAUUACCAUCUCUGGUACUUGCAACACCCGCGAGUACGUCCUCAAGCGUGACGGCACCAACGUCGUUACCAACUCCGCUUGCUCGGCUACCAGCGGUACCUGGGCCUCUCCCUACGACGGUGGUGUCUGGACCGCCGCCUCUGACGUCGAUAUCGACCACAUGGUCCCUCUCAAGAACGCCUGGGUAUCCGGUGCCAACGCCUGGACCACCAGCAAGCGCCAGCAGUUUGCCAACGACAUCAACUCGCCCCAGCUGUGGGCUGUCACCGACAACGUCAACCAGGCCAAGUCUGACAAGAGCCCCGACGCUUGGAAGCCCCCUCUUACCAGCUUCUACUGCACUUAUGCUAAGGCCUGGGUGCAGGUCAAGUAUACCUGGGCUUUGACCAUCACCAGCGCCGAAAAGUCUGCUCUAAAUAGCAUGUUGAAUACUUGCUAGGAUAAGGGGAACGGGGGAGGCAACGGGAGUGAUCAGGGGAAAGGGAAGCAGAAGAGUGGUGCUGGGAUGAUGGCGGUUCCGUGGUGGAUGGGGACAUGGAUUGCACUGGCAUGGUUAUUGUCAGCC